UUUAAAAAAAAAAAAAAAAAAGAUAUAUAUAUAUGCUGCGUUAUUUCUUUUCUUGGUUCUGGUUUCUUUUUUUGUUUACCUUUUUACCGAAAUAAUUUUCUGCCCUACUUUAAUAUGUCUGUAACCAAAGUUCACGCUCGCCAGAUUUUUGAUUCCCGUGGAAACCCAACUGUUGAAGUAGAGAUCACUACUGCCAAGGGCAUUUUCCGUGCUGAUGUUCCUUCUGGAGCAUCCACUGGUAUUCAUGAAGCUCUUGAACUUCGUGAUCUUAUCAAGACUGAUUAUCUUGGCAAAGGUGUCCUCAAGGCCGUCGAAAACGUUACUCAAAUUAUUGGUCCUGCUCUUAUCGCUUCAGGACUCAAUGUCGUCGACCAAAAAGCCAUUGACAACUUCCUUUUAGAACUCGAUGGAACAGCCAACAAGAGCAAGCUUGGAGCCAACGCUAUUUUAGGUGUCUCUCUCGCUGUGGCUAAAGCUGGUGCUGUUGAGAAGGGAGUUCCCCUCUUUGUUCAUUUCGCCGAUUUGGCUGGCUCAAAGAAACCUUUUGUUAUGCCCGUUCCUUCCUUUAAUGUUAUCAACGGUGGUUCCCACGCUGGUAACAAGUUGGCUAUGCAAGAAUUUAUGAUUAUGCCCACAGGCGCUUCCUCCUUCUCUGAAGCCAUGAAAAUUGGUACUGAAGUCUAUCAUACCUUGAAGAGUGUUAUCAAGGACAAAUAUGGUCAAGAUGCUACCAACGUUGGUGAUGAAGGUGGUUUUGCCCCCAACAUUCAGGAUAACCGUGAAGGUCUCGAAUUGUUAGUGACCGCCAUUGAAAAGGCGGGUUAUACUGGCAAAGUCAAGAUUGCCAUGGAUUGUGCUGCUAGUGAAUUUUAUGUUGAUGGAAAAUAUGAUUUGGACUUUAAGAAUCCCAACUCCAACCCUGCUGAUCGCAUUACCGGUCAAGAACUCUCUGAACUUUAUAAGUCUUUUGCUGAUAAUUAUCCAGUGGUUUCUAUCGAAGAUGCUUUUGAUCAAGACGAUUGGGAGAACUGGUCUCAUCUUUUGGAAAACUCUGAUUUCCAAUUAGUUGGUGACGAUUUGACUGUCACCAACCCCAAGCGUAUCGUUACUGCUAUCGAAAAGAAGGCAUGUAACGCCCUUUUGCUCAAGGUCAACCAAAUCGGUACUGUUACUGAAUCGAUUCAAGCUGCUUUAGAUUCUCAAGCUGCUGGUUGGGGUGUGAUGGUCAGCCAUCGUUCCGGCGAGACAGAAGAUUCCACAAUUGCUGAUCUUGUUGUAGGUCUUCGUACUGGUCAAAUCAAGACUGGUGCUCCCUGCAGAAGUGAAAGAUUAGCAAAGUUGAAUCAAUUGCUUCGUAUCGAAGAGGAAUUGGGAAGCAACGCUAUCUAUGCUGGUGAGAACUUCCGCAAGGCCCACGAAUUAUAA